AUAAAAAGAAAAUAUAAUAUUCCUUAUUCUCUCUACACGCCAAUUUUUGUGUGGACGCAGUCGCCGGAGCUUUGCUUCUCAAUCUUCUCUCUCGAUCUACGCGCAGAGAGGCCUUAUUUCAAUCUCAGCCUCCUCAAUUUGCAUAAUUUCUGUUGUUUUCGUGUUUUUCGGGAUUUUUUGCGAUUUUUUAGGUCGAAAUCGAGUCUCAUUGUAGUGAUAGUUGUUGGUGUGGUAUAGAGUUGUAUUUUUUUGGAUUUCUGAUGCGUGUGUGCGUGAGCUGAGUUGGUUUGCCGAAGCUAGGGUUUAUGUAGCGGAGUUGACUUGCAGCUUCUGCUUGGAGAAUUUGUAUGCGAUAAUUGGAUUUGAGAAGCCCGAGCUCGAGGCUCGGGAAUGGGAAGUAUGGAGAUGGAGAAUGAAACGAACUUCAAAUCCAAUGCGGAAGCGAGCUUUGACGACGUUAGCGGUGGCGGCGGCGGAGGCGACGGAAAGUUUCAGAAAUUCAUGCUCUAUGAAACUCGUUCGAACUUUUAUAUGUUUGGAUUUGAGAGAAGGAAAAAGUACUGGAAAGUCUUGAAGAUAAGCAGAUUAGAGCAGUCCGAGCUUUGUAUUAUUGAAGAUUCGACAAUAUACUCCCAGGAUGAACAAUCUGCACUCCUGCAAACAAUUGCUGAUGGAAACAAGUCUACUGGUGGACUAAAAUUUGUCACCAUAUGCUAUGGAAUUGUUGGAUUCAUAAAAUUCUUGGGACCGUAUUACAUGAUUAUUAUCACUAAAAGAAAGAAGAUUGGCAUGAUUUGUGGUCAUGCUGUAUAUUCCAUUGCCAAGAGCGAGAUGAUCCCAAUACCUCAUUCUUCUGCCAACUCAAAUAUGACUUAUUCUAAGAACGAGAACAGAUACAAGAAGCUCUUGCGCAACGUGGAUCUCACCAAGGACUUCUUUUUUAGCUACUCCUACCAUGUCAUGCUUAGUCUUCAAAGGAAUCUAAGCAAUCAUGAAACAGGAUUAUCCCUUUAUGAGACAAUGUUUGUCUGGAAUGAGUUCUUAACUCGUGGUAUUCGUAAUCAACUGAAGAAUUCGGUUUGGACUGUAGCACUAGUUUAUGGAUUCUUUAAACAGGUUAAGCUCUCAGUAUCUGGCCAUGAUUUCAGUCUGAUUCUUAUUGCUAGACGGUCACGUCACUAUGCUGGAACCAGAUACUUGAAACGCGGGGUGAAUGAAAAGGGUCGUGUGGCAAAUGAUGUUGAGACCGAACAAAUUGUGCUUGAAGAUGUGAUGGGAGGAAGACCGAGACACAUAUCUUCUGUUGUGCAGAACCGGGGUUCGAUACCACUCUUUUGGUCACAAGAGACCUCAAGAUUGAAUAUUAAACCUGAUAUCAUAUUGUCAAAGAAGGAUGAUGCAUAUCAUGCCACUAAGCUUCAUUUUGAGAAUCUAGCUAAGAGAUAUGGGAAUCCUAUAAUUAUUUUAAACUUGAUUAAGACUCGUGAGAAGAAGCCAAGGGAAUCUAUUCUUCGUGCGGAGUUUGCUCAUGCUAUUGAAGUCAUCAAUAAAGAUCUAGCGCAUGAAAAUCGCUUGAAGUUCCUUCAUUGGGAUUUGAGUAAAUACUCACGAAACAAAGCAGCAAGCGUGCUGGCGUAUUUAGUCAAAGUAGCAGCUAAUGCAUUGGACUUAACCGGCUUCUUCUACUGUGAAUUACCUCCAUUUUUAAGCCAACUCCCAUGCAGUAAUAAUUGUAACGAUGAUUGCCUGGAUGAAGACCUCUUCGUUAUGACUGAAGAUGGGCAUGCUGUGAAUGCUGAAGAUAGAACUGUCUCUGAUGUGAAUGCUGAAGAUAGAACUGUCUCUGAUGUGAAUGCUGAUGAUAGAAUUGAUGCUUCUGAUGUGAAUGAUUCUCCUGUUGUAAAGUCUCCAUUGUUUCAAAAAGGGGUAUUAAGAACAAACUGCAUAGAUUGUUUGGACCGGACAAAUGUUGCUCAAUAUGUGUUUGGGCUCGUUGCUCUUGGUCAUCAGUUGCAUGCGUUAGGGUAUAUCAGUUGUCCUAGUAUUAGUUUAGACUCCCCGUUGGCAGAUGAUUUAAUGAAGAUUUAUGAAGCUAUGGGCGACACUCUUGCCCUGCAGUACGGUGGAUCUGCAGCACAUAAUAAGAUCUUCUCUGAGAGACGAGGACAGUGGAAAGCAGCAACGCAGUCCCAAGAGUUUUUGAGAACCCUGCAGCGUUUUUAUAGUAACGCAUACAUGGAUGCUGAUAAACAAGAUGCCAUCAAUAUGUUCUUGGGUCAUUUUCAGCCGCAGCAGGGUAAGCCAGCUCUAUGGGAGCUGGAUUCUGACCAACAUUACGGUGUUGGAAAGCGUGGUUCUGAUUUGGAAAAUUCUAGGUCAAUAAUCAAAAGAUCAUUUUCUGAUGGUAACAUUCUCUGUGACAACUCGCCCAUUGUUGACGAGAAGGACCUUGAGAUGGAUAGUUCUCAAAGGCCAUUAGCUGUUCAGGUUCAAGACUGUAACAUGGGUCUUUCCGAAUCAACUCCAGAAUUUUCAACUUCUGAAACUGCUAUAACUUAUUCCCGGUACACUCCCUCAAUGUCACGCAAGCAGCUGUUCCCUGAUGUGCAAGAAGAGCAAUUUCUCGAAAAUGAGAGCACAUAUUUUGUUGAUCGUGUAGAUUCUUUCAACUGUUCCAACUUUCUCGAUGUUGAUUGGCUAUCUUCAUCCGGGAACUCCUGUGAAGAGGAAACCUACGAAAGAUCAUUGCUAAUCGGUUCUCCAAGCCUUGGGAUGUCUUCUGGCGAAAUUAAAAUGGAAUCAACCCCAUGCUAUCACUCUGGAUCAAGCUCGAAGGGAAAGGAAAUGGCCAGCGGAGACCUCGGAGGUGGUUCUGCCAGCAGCUCUGUCGACCUCACCGAAUACUCCGACCGCUUUGUGCAUUGGGUCAACAACCACAGCAACAUGCUUUUCCUUUAAGACUUGCGAACGAUUGUUCGUUCCGUGGAAAAAGUGCAGUAAACAUAGGCUCCAUUAUUUGACUUGGUGAAUCCAUCCAAAGGAUGUGGAUCAGUAGGUGACUGAGAAAUAAAUGGAGAAGAAACAAAGGCAGAAAAGGGAUGGAGAAAUUUUGGGUACAGAAAAUUGUACAUUCAACCAACUAAUUUUACCGGUGUAGUAAUUGUUCACAGCUUGAGGAGUUAGUAGAGAUAGUAACACUGCAGUACUUUUCUUUAGCCUUUGAUUUGUAAAUAAUAGUUUCCAUUUUAUCCGUUGUUGGGAAUUCUAUGUUUCGCCUUUCGUGUACAUAUAUUGUUAUCAAGUUUAUUUAUAAUUUUAUUUAA